GCGCGUUGUUAGCAUUUGGAUUGGAAGAUGUCUGACGUCGAGGACUUCGAUGAUGCUGGUGGUGAUGAUUAUGGAGGCGACGUGCCUGAAGAUGAUGUAGAUGAGGACUUCGAACAAGAAGAAGAUCAAGAUGCACCAGAAGUUGAGGUUCUUCCAAGUGCAGAUGGGAGCGAAGCACAAGCAUCAACUAAGAAAUGCACAACUCCAUUUAUGACAAAAUACGAAAGAGCACGCGUACUAGGAACAAGAGCCUUACAAAUCAGCAUGGGAGCUCCAGUAAUGGUCGAGUUGGAAGGCGAGACGGACCCACUACAAAUUGCAAUGAAAGAGCUGAAAGCAAAGAAAAUUCCGAUGAUCAUUCGGAGGUAUUUACCGGAUGGAAGUUUUGAAGACUGGCCAAUAGACGAGUUAAUUAUUGAUUAGUUUUCUCUAGUUUUAAAGUAUUAGGAUUAUGCUCUUUCGCUUGCAAGAUUGUAG